CCACUCAAACUAAGGCACAAUGAUUUCGACAAAACUUUUACCACGUUUAUCAAUUUUCUGCGUCUUUCUGCCUUUAGUCACGUCGGUGAGGGUGUCCACAAGCUAUGGUGACGUCGAAGGUCUCGAGGAAUCGUAUCCGAAUUCUUCUUUCACUUACAAGUCAGUCAGCAAAUUCCUCGGGAUUCCAUUCGCAGCUCCACCAGUUGGCGACCUCAGAAUGAAAGCACCAAAAGAGCCAGCUUCUUGGAAACCAAAUGUACGCCAAGCUAAACAGCACGGAAAUAUUUGCGUGCAAAAGAAGACCUUCGAAUAUCUUUUGCGGUUCUUUACUCAAAAUUUUACCUACAGCGAAGAUUGCCUAUAUCUCGAUGUCUACAGCCCGAACGUGAGCCAGCAUCUACCCGUAAUGGUUUACAUUCAUGGAGGAGGCUAUGAGUAUGGAAGUUCAGUCACAUACCCUGGCGAUUACUUGGCUCUCCAAGGCGUAGUAGUUGUUGUUAUUCAAUACCGUCUUGGUACGUUUGGCUUCCUGACGACCGGGGAUUCCGCUGCCCCUGGGAAUUAUGGAAUGUUAGAUCAAGUGGCGGCGCUCAAGUGGGUCAAAGAUAACAUAAAAAAUUUUGGAGGGGAUCCCGGUAAGGUGACCAUCUUUGGAUUAAGCGCUGGUGGAUCAAGUGUUAGCCUCCAUUUAUUGUCUCCACUGUCUGAAGGCCUCUUCCAUCAAGUCAUUGCAGAGAGCGGAGUGGAUUUGAGUCCCUUUGCAAUUCAGCCGACUUCCUUCGGUCUCCGCUAUACUAAUGCGCUUGCUGGAAACCUGAGCUGCCCAACGGGCGACCACAGCGAAAUGAUGGCCUGCAUUCGUCAGAAAGAGACAAAGAAGAUACAAGACGCUUCCGAAAAAAUAACCUUAAGUUCUGUUGAAUACCUGGACUGGGCACCAGUUGUGGAUAAAAACUUUCUUCUUGACACCCCCCGGAAUCUGCGUAACAAAGGAGAGUUUAAGAGAGCUAAUUUAAUGAUCGUCUUUGCCAGUCAGGAGGGCGGAUAUUUUCUGGGUAUGAUGACAAACAUGUCCUUUGGGAUGGCACAAAGUGUAGACAACGGAGUCAGUCCCUCUUUCUUCAAGGAAUUUCUAACAAAAUAUGCGCACGCUCAGAAUAUUGGAGAGCAGAAAGGUGACCUCAUAAGGGAUGCAUUGCAGUUUAUGUAUACCCCAUGGCCUGACAGCAGCGAUAGAUACGCGCUGAGAACCCAGCUCGUUGAUCUCAUCGGUGAUCAGCUUUUCUACGCCCCAAGUCACGCAGUCGCCGAUAUCCACAGCAAGUAUGCCGAUGUUUACAUGUCCAUGUUCGAUUAUCAGCAAAAAGUACGACUCCGUCACAAGGCGUGGUACGGAGUACAACACGGCGAUAAUGUUUUUUUUGAAUUUGGAGGCCCGUUCAUGCCUCGUUUUGCAAUUUUGUCUCCGGACCAGUCGGACAAAGACGUCAGUUCGUUUAUCAUGGAAAUAUACACAAACUUUGCCAAGUUCGGCAAUCCAACACCCCAGCCAGUCAGCGGUGUUACGUUCGAGAGGUACAACUCCAGUCAGAGGGCUUAUCUCCGGGUGGAUAACAAAUCCGAGAUGAAGGCCUCGUUUGCUCCUCGCCGAAUGUCGUUCUGGAAUGAUUAUCUUCCCAAGCUGAUGGAAGUCAAGUUUGAAAAAGAGACAGUGGUAGUGAGUGAUGCUGGCUGUGCCUCUGCCAUGGCAAAGUUUGUUUUCAUUACAUUCACUUUUUCAUGGAUGGCGCUUUAUUGAGGAAGACUUUAUAAGGCGCACGAGAGCAAAUCUUUGCAAAGGUUCCUUCUUUAAAGACUGCGAGCGAAAUGUAGAAUUCAUCAGGUGGAAGGAUAAUCUAUGAAGCAUGAAAAACAAAGUUUGAAGAUGGAAAUAUUGAAAAUUUCAAAUUAAUUUAAUCCAAACUGAUCCUCUAUAUUGCCCAUAUUUCAAGACGCAACUACGAAUACUUUUGUACUUUGUCGUAGAUAAAGAAGAAUUUUAUCGGCUAAUGGAAAAUUGAAUAUUGAUCAGACUGGUUGAAGUUGCUAUUAAUUUUGCCACAUAAAGUAUGUUUGUUUUAUUGUCUAAUUUCAAUUUCUUAUUGAGUGGCUGUAUUUAAGAAAGUUCUGUGAUUUUCUCACUGAGAAACGCAAACGCGUUGUAUUACCUCAAGGAGUUACUAUGGAUGAAUUUUGCCUCUGAAUAAACCCACCUGAUGUGAUUUUUAUGGCAUUUUGGAAGACCA